ACAAUCACGACUGUGGGGUUGGCACUGAAAUUUCCAUCAAUGGAUGAUAAUCAGCUGGUUGUCUUUACUACAAUAUCAUCUACCCUUUUGAUUUUAUCAACCAUCUUAAUAAUAUUUAAUGCCACCAUGCCACUAGAUACACCGAUCUUCAACAUUGUUUCAGCAAUUUUCUUUGGAUUAUUCCUAAUAUGCCUAAUAUUUGGCUUUAUGAACAACUUGGACCUGGUAGUAUGGUGGUUUUCACCGUAUCCAUCGCAAUUUGUUGAAGCUUUUAUCCUCUGGUUACUAGUGUGCUGCCUUUUCGUCAUUGUAUAUACUACUUUAAUGUUGCCUAAAAUAUGGAACAAAUAA